AUGAUCAAACCGACUUGUUAUCAUCGUAAUAUUGAAUAUAAUGCACAAACUGUUAUGAUGGUUCUUGAAGAAGAUUACAUUGUUUAUUUAAGAAAAAAUCCGAAUGGUUAUUCAUCUUAUAACGAAACCACCAAACAAUUUGAAUUACUGAAGGAAGUGACUGCCGAGAAUACCGGUUUGUCAUGUAGAUGGAUGGUGUUUGUUUAUGAAACCGUAGAUAUCGUAUUUCCACCGUUUCCUAUGCAAAAAACUACUCGACAUCAAACAGAUCUACCUCCUAGUUUAGGGCCGGAAGAUUAUAUAGACGAAUUUGUCAAUGAUCUACUACCUAUUUAUGAAAAAGGAUUUCUUGUUGGAUCUAUUCAUAUCAAAUUAGAUGACAUGACUAUUUUGUUAAGCCCGAAUGGAGACAUUAACGAUCUGAUUAUUGACGCACAUCUAUCCAUCACAGCAUCCAGUGCUGCUUCGAAUAAUAAGGUUUUAGCCGUACCGAGCUAUCUAAUCAGACAGAUCAUUUUGAAAAAACUAAGGACUAUACCAAUCAGCUGGUUGAAUUUUGACAUAUUGCUCUGUCCCAUUAAUCAGAAUAAUCACUGGUACAUUAUAAUAAUAGAUCGUAAAAAGAAUCUAAUCCUAGAAUUAGAUUCUUCAGUCAAACAUGAAAUGCCACGCUUGACAAACAUGAAGCGUAUACUACAUAUAUUACAUCUACAACACUUUCUAAAAACGCACAAAGGAAUUGAUUUUGAAAAUCACUGGAAAUUGAUUACGUUUGAAAAUGAACCUACAAUGCAACAAACCGACAGUCAUUCAUGUGGCAUUCACCUUCUCCUACAAGCCGAAGCUUAUGUAAAAAAUUUCAAAUUCCUUCAAAUACAAGGCGACCAACUUCAACAAUACCGAUAUCGGAUUGCCGAAGCACUAUUACGCAAAGGGGAGCCUAACAAGAAUAGCUCAUCAUCGGGAUCCCUACUGGAAGGAAUACCCGACUCAAACAGAAGCAAGAAUUUCCGCAAGAGCAAACAGCAAGAACAUUUUUAG